AAAGUUCCGUAUAAAUUGUAUCCAUUUGUGUUUUUAAAUAAAAAAAAUUAAUAAAUGAAUUGGUUCUGUAUAAGCAGUGACGUAGCCAGGGAAGGCCUGGAGGUCCCUUUCGGAAUUAAAAAAUGAACUUGCGAAAACAACUAGAAAAUAAUAGCAAUUUAGCUAAAUAAGAAUGGCUCGUUUGCACAAGCUGUACAUAAAGGGCGUGCGCAGCUACGGCCCGUUCGACGACGACGAGCAGUGCGUGGUGUUCAUGUCACCCAUCACGCUGAUCAUGGGCCAGAACGGCUCGGGCAAGACCACUGUAAUAGAGGCGCUGAAGUACGCCACGACGGGCGACGCACCUCCUGGGAGCCAGCGAGGACAGUACUUCAUCCACGACCCCAAGCUGUCCUCAGUCUCGGAGGUCCACUCCAUGAUUAAAUUGGUGUUUAAAGAUGUCGAAGAUCAAGAGUGGAGUGUAACUAGGAGGAUGAAGUUGACUCAGAAACUUAAGAAGAUUGAAUUUAAGACUUUGGAAUUGAUGAUCUCAAGAGUCGAUAAGGAGGGAGUUAACAGGGAUUUUCGGGGUCGUUGUGUUAAUGAGAAUGUCUUGUCAGCGGCCCUGGGAGUCUCAAAGCCAAUACUGAAUCAUGUCAUUUUCUGUCAUCAAGAGGAAUCCUGUUGGCCUUUGGAUGAAGCAAAGACGUUAAAGGAAAAAUUUGAUGCUAUUUUUAACAUCACAAAAUACAACAAGUGCAUAGAAAUUGUUAGAAAACUGUGUAAGAAGAUUGAAGAUGAACUAAAAGUUUUGAACAAUCAGCUGGCAAAUGACCAAAUCCACAAAAAGCAAGCCGAAGACAAACGAAGAAGUUUUCGUGAAACAGAAGAACGUUGUGCUGGCUCUUCCAAAAAAAUAGAAAAUUUUGAAAAUGAUUUGGAGAAAGUGAGGAAGGCCUUAGAAAAAGUGUAUGAAACGGAACGUAACAUGAACAAAUUACAGUGUGAAUAUGACAGCAAGAAACGUCAGUUGGAAGUUGUGAAGAAUCAUCAAAUUGAAUUGCGACAGACCAUCAAAGAGGAAUUUGCAGGCUCCACUCAAGAACUAUACAAUGCCAUAGAAAUGUUCAAUGAAAAGCUUUCUGUUAAGGAAAAUGAAUUGACAGAACUGGAGGCGAGCAUGCAGGUGGUGAAGGCAGAGGAGAGGGAGGUGGUGUCCGAGGUCAGCCAGCUGCAGCUGCAGGUGGCGAGGAUGGAAGAGGAGCAGCGCCAGCAACAGAGCAGGGAGCGCAGUCGCAACAGCACCCUGGCGCAGCUGGCCCGGCAGCUGGGGCUGCAGGAGCUGGACCCAGUCGACGUCGCGCAUGUGGCCGAGGUGAUGUCGGAGGUGAGGAGGAAGGUGGCCCUCCUGAGGGAGCAGCUGGAUGCUGUGAGGGUGCAGCUGGAGGCAGAAGAGCAGCACUCCCAGUCCAAGAUCGACAACUGCAGGGAGGAGGUCACCAGUCUUAAUCAGGAAAUACGUAUGAAAAAGGAGCAGUUAAAUCAGAAGAAGAGUGAUGAACGUAAAGCAGCAAGGCAGAUUGCUGGGGUGAAAAUAUCGGAUGCGGAUGUGGAGAAGGUAGACGCAGAGCUGGACAGGGUCACCAUGGAUCUGAAAGUGGCACAAAGCAUGCACGAAGCUGAGAACUGGAAGGAGAAGUUGGGAGAACUCAGGGGGCAGCGAACAGAAUUUGAGAAGAACUUGCGAGCUGUAGAUGAACGUGUUAUAGAACUUCAGAGUCAGAGUAACUUGCUAGCAGAGAUAAAGAUCUUGGAGCAAACUAAGGCAGAAAAAGAAGAGAAAAUCCUUAGCCUAGAGAAGGACUUGCAGAAGCCGAUGAUGAUGCUAUUUAAGAAAUUCCCUUCUACCAAUAUCAAGCAAUGCAUGGAUGAUGUUCUCAGCAAAUGUGAGAACGCAAUACGAGAAAAGAACAAGCUCGUGAACGCGAAGCAGAACGAGCUGUCGAUGCUGGAGUACAAGCGCAAGGAGCAAGAUGCCAAGCUCAGUUCGAUGGAAGAGGAAGUGCAGAGAAAUAAAGACUCCAUAUUUGACAUGUGUGGCAGUGAUGACUUGGAAACAACCUUGAAAUCUCUUCAAAAAGAAAUACAGGAUCUUCAGGAUGAGAAAGGCAUCCUGUCGUCCUCGGAGGCGAUGUACAGACACUACAUUGACAAGAUGCAGCAGAACAAGCCUUGCUGUCCCCUCUGUCACCGGGGUUUCCAGGAACAAGCCAGUGUGGAGGAGCUGAUUGGUGAACUGACGGGCAAGAUGAGUGCAGUGCCAGCUCUGCUGCGAGCCAAGGAGGGUCGACUAGAGGCGCUCCAGAAGAAGUAUGACAACUUGUUGCAGCUGCAGCCAGCGCACAAGCAUUGCCGCCAGCUGAAGACUGUGGACAUUCCCGCAGCCAGGUCUGCGUUGGAGGAGACAGGCAGGAGAGCGGUGCAGGCACUUGCGGCUGGGGAGGAGCUGAGGAGAGCACUGUCGGAGCUGCAGACGCGGGAGAAGGUGGCGAAGGGAGCUCUUGGUGACGUGCUGCAGCUGAGCCAGUUGCGUGCGGAGGUCGCCCAGCUGGAGCAGCGCAGGGCCGGCAUGGUCGCCAACAUGAUAGAUGAUCCUGCACAGAGCCUGCAGGCUACGCUGGACAAGCAGUCCAGGCUGCGCAAAGACCUUGAUGCGACCUCCAAGGAGCUGGAUAACCUCCGCACCAGGUUCGACUCCUCCCAGACGGAGCUCAACAACCUCCAAGACCGCAGGAACCAACUGUUUGCCAAGCACCUCAAGAUACAAGGCGACCUGCAAAUGCGCAGACAGCUGGAGGAGAAAAGGGAAGAAUGUGAAAAAGACAUUGCUGUUCUGUCUAUCAGCAUCGAUGAUUUAAGUGAGAGGCUGGAACCAGCUAACAUACAACUGCAAACUGCCAUCGAAGACAAGGUGAAGCUACAGGCGGAGAACCGCAGAAAGCUGGACACUAAAAGGAGUGAGGUGGGCGGGGCCCAGAAGCAGCUGGACGAGGCGGAGAAGCUCCAGAGGGACAUCGAGGCGUACGAGCAGCGGGGCGUGCCCGGGAAGCUGCGGCACUCCAGGGAGGAGGUCCGGCGGCUGGAGGCCAGCAGGGCCGCGCUGGAGACGCGCAGGCAGGGCGUGGCGGACCGCAUCGACCACGUCAGGCUGUACCUGGCCUCCCAGAAGGACCGGGAGCGGGAGCUGCAGGACAACCUGAAGCUGCGGGACAAGCUGGAGGAGGAGCGGGAGCUGGCGGACGAGACGGAGGAGCUGAGGAGGCAGCUGGCGGCCGUCAGCGUGAAGGCGGUGCUGCUGAAGAGGAGGCAGCUGGAGACGGAGCACACCGCGCUGCUCACCGAGAAAGCCCAGUGUACAGGUCAGCUUAAAGAGCUGAAGGAAAUUAUGGGAAGUUUACAGAAAGAGCUUAACACACCAAUUUUUAAGAAUGCUGAUGAUAAGUUCAAUGAAACAUCAUUUACUAUAAAGGUUAAGCAUCUUGCCAAAGAAGACUUGCAAAGCUAUUCUCAGGCUAUGGAAUGGGCGGUCACACACUUCCACUCUGAGCGCAUGAAGAUAAUCAAUACCAUCAUACGUAACUUGUGGCGGCAGAUAUACUGUGGCUCUGACAUAGACUACAUAGAGAUUAAGACUGGCUCUGAUGCUAAAAGCACCAUGAAGCGACGCAGCUACACGUACAAGGUGGUGCAGGUGAAGUCCGGAGUGGAGAUGAACAUGAGGGGUCGCUGCAGCGGCGGCCAGAAGGUUUUGGCCUCCUUGAUCAUUCGCAUAGCACUGGCCGAGACAUUCAGCACCAAGUGUGCGUUCCUGGCCCUGGAUGAACCAACUGCCAACCUGGACAGGGAAAACAUCAACAACUUUGUGCAUGCUCUCGCAGACAUCGUGAAGACGCGCGGUGUGAGGCGCAAGUUCCAGCUGAUCAUCAUCACGCACGACCAGCAGUUCCUGGAAAUGUUGAACGACCAGCACCUUGCCACCGAGUACUUCCGUGUCGACCGCAAUGCACGAGCAAGAUCUGUGAUUGAGAAGCAUCGAGUGGUGUUGUAGUAGUGUAACUAACUGGCUGCGACACGAAUCCUACUGUGCAGAUGGUGCUAGACUGCCGCUUCACAGUUCACAAGUGCUUCUACAGUUUAUUCAAAUUUUGUAAUUGGUCUAUAAUAAAAGUUAAUAUGUUUUCAUAAAA